UAAACCCAUCCAGAAAGAAAGAAAAGAAAAAAGAGGAAUCUUUUGCGUUGUGCCCCUUUCCGAUUCCCCGUUGUCCACAUUCCCCAUUCUCUCUGUUUCGGUCUCCAAUGGCGAUUUCCGACACCCUUCUUCUUCCCCAAACUUCCCCAUUUCCCCCAACAACCCGCCGCUCCUCUGCCCCCAAAAAUGGCCUCCAAAUCCGAAACAGCGCCAGAUCCGUCAACUUUCUCGAUCUCCGACCCGAGUCCCGACCCGACCCGCUCAUCUUCGACCUUCCCCUGUUUCGCCCCGGGUCCGACAGCUCCCGAUUCGACGUGGUGGUGGUCGGCGCCGGGCCUGCUGGGCUGCGCCUGGCCGGAGAGGUGGCAGGGUACGGCAUCAAGGUGUGCUGCGUGGACCCUUCGCCGCUGUCGCCGUGGCCCAACAACUACGGCGUGUGGAUCGACGAGUUUCGCGCAUUGGGCCUUCAGGAUUGCUUCCACAAGACCUGGCCGAUGGCUUCCGUCUACUUGGACGACCGGAAAGUCAAGUACCUCCACCGCCCCUAUGCUCAGGUGAGUAGGAAGAAACUGAAGACGAGAUUAAUGGAGGAAUGUGCAGCAAAGGGGGUGAAAUUUCACAAGGCAAAAGUCUGGGAAAUGGAGCACCAAGAAUUCCAAUCUUCAGUCCACUGCGACGACGGCGCUCAAAUCAAAGCAAGCUUAAUCAUCGACGCCAGCGGAUUCUCCACCAAAUUCAUAGAGUAUUCGAAGCCAAGAAACUGCGGAUUUCAGAUCGCCCAUGGAAUUCUGGCUGAGGUCGAAGAACACCCAUUCGAUCUAAACAAGAUGGUUCUAAUGGAUUGGAGAGACACCCAUUUGGCGAACGAGCCAUAUCUAAGACAAGAAAACAAAAAGGCCCCAACUUUCCUCUACGCGAUGCCGUUCGAUUCGAAUCUGAUUUUUCUGGAGGAGACCUCCCUCGUCGGCCGCCCGGCGCUGCCGUACGCGGCGGUGAAGAGGAGGAUGGCGGCGAGGCUGCGCCACUUGGGAAUAAGGUUGGAUGGGACGAGGAGGUUUUUUGAUGGGUUUUUUGAUUUGGAUGCGUUUUAUUGGGAGGGGUUUUUGUCUUCUAGUUUGUCUCUUUCGGAGCUGGCUAUGUUGAGUUUGUCCAUGUUUGGACAUGGCUCUACCAUGUCUAGGGUUGAUAUUCUCACUAAAUGCCCUCUUCCUCUUGUGAGAAUGGUGGCUAAUCUUGCCCUUCAAUCCAUUCGAUGAAUCAUCACUAAUCUUUAUAACUUCAGAAUGCCAAGCUCUAAUGUAUGAAUACUCGUCGAAAUAUUCAAUAGUUCUUUAGGUUUUCUUUCUGGUAAAAAUUUUAAUAGUGGUCAACUAAAGAUAAGCAGUAAUGACGUGUAAACACCUAAGUGUGUUUAAACAUGAUAUUGUAAUCUUUAAAUUUUUUAUGAAAAGACAUUUUAGGUU